AUGGUGGGAGGCUCAAGAAAACAAGAUUACUGCACUGGAGGCAAGGAUCACAGUUAUGUGGAGGAUACACUGAAGAUCUUAACUGGCAGAAAUGGUGAACAAGAGCAGUCUGCCGGGGAUCAGGUAUAUACUCCUAAUAGCUCUAAAAAUUGGGAGAAAUAUCCUGUUAUGGUGACUGUAGUUAAAGAUAAAUCCAGAUUCUCUUAUAAAACGGAUGAACCUGGGAUUUUGAAGGAUAAGCCUGAUGCUUGUUUAGCACUUAAGAACAGUUCUAGGCCUGAGAAUCAGAUGGGUGACAACAGUAAUAAUAGGCCUAUUAUGCUGGGAUUGGAAACUGAAAAUAGGGGAGCAGGGGGUUCAUUUAGCAGUUCAGGGACUAUGUGGCAUAGACCCAAAAUAGAGUUGCCAUUUUUUGAGGGGGUAAAUCCUAAGGGGUGGAUGCAUAAGUGUCUCAAGCAUUUUUCCUUAUGCAAGGUUCCUGUAGAUCAAAGGGUAGAAGUGGCUACUAUGUAUCUUACAAGAAAAGCAAAAAUAUGGUUUGAUGGCUAUAUUAUGCAGAAGCAUCAUGUAACUUGGCAUGAGUUUGAAGCUGAUUUGUGCCAUAGAUUCAGUGAUAGGUCUUUUUAUGAUAUUGUGGAGGAAUUCACUAAGCUUACACAGAAAGGAUCUAUUGAAGACUAUCAAGAAAGGUUUGAGGAGUUACAACCACACAUGUUAUUACAAAAUCCUACCUUGAGUGAGGAUUUCUUUGUGUCACUUUUUAUAAGUGGGCUUAGAGAUGACAUCAAACAUAGAGUGAAAGCUCUAGAUCCUAAAAAUUUAUCUGAGGCAUGCAAACAAGCUAAGCUCUAUGAGUUGUCUGUGGAGUUUGAAAAUAGAAGGUUGAGACCUUCCUUUAAAAGCCCACCCUACCCAAACCCCAUUAAUACUCCCAAGCCAAAUUCAGUUCCACUGCCUAUUAAAUCCUCACCAAAUUCCAAUCUCAUUGAUUACGGAAGACAACACAACCUUUGUUUUAAGUGUGGAGAAAAAUUUCAGCCAUACCAUCAAUGUAAAUCAAGAAACCUCAAUAUGAUGACUGAAGAGGAAAAUACUAUUCCUACAGAAAUUGUUCCUAUUGAUUCAGACCAGCAGUUAGUACAAGAAGAGGAAAACUUAGAGAUAUCUAUGAAUGCUAUUACUGGUUGCAUUAGUCAUAAUACCUUGAGGAUUCAAGGCACAAUACAAGGCAAACCUUUGAAUAUUUUGAUUGACAGUGGAAGUACACAUAGCUUUUUGACACCAGAAUGGGUUGAUGCUGGAUUUCAGGUUCUAACUCCCUGUCCUUUAGCUAUUACAGUAGCUAAUGGCAAACAACUCUAUAGUUCAGCUAGAUGCAACAAGGUGGAGUGGCAGAUGCAAGGGCACUCUUUCAUACAUGACUUUAGACUCCUUAAAUUGGGAGGCAGUGAUAUGGUUUUAGGGGUUGAUUGGAUGAAAUUAUUUAGUCCAAUUUUGAUGGACUUCAAUCAAAUGACAAUGAGUUUUCAGCAUCAAGGUGAAAAUAUUGUUAUACAGGGACAACAACCUUCACUGUUGCAGCAGAUUUCAGGUGCUACUUUAUUAAAAAUGACAGCAUCUGAGGCAACUAUUUUGGGGCAUGUAGUUUUGCUGAGUAUGACUGAAAUUCCUAAGUCAGUUCCUGCAGCUCUCAAACCUCUUUUAAAGAGAUAUAGCUCUGUUUUUGAUGAGCCUAAAGGAUUACCUCCUACAAGGACUCAUGAUCAUGCUAUUCCCCUCAAACCUGGUUCUAGUCCUAUUAAUUUGAGGCCCUACAGAUUUCCUCAUAACCAGAAAACUGAAGUAGAAAGGCAGAUUGCUACAAUGUUAUCAUCUUCUAUUAUUCAACCUAGCAAGAGUCCCUUUGCUUCUCCAUGCCUAUUGAUAAAGAAAAAGGAUGGGACUUGGAGGUUUUGUGUUGAUUACAGACAAUUGAAUAAUUUGACAGUUAAAGAUAAGUUUCCUAUUCCGGUGGUGGAAGAUCUAUUAGAUUAG